CCGUGAUCCAGAGGUGGUAUUGCCCACUGCGCGUAAGGUUGAUUGGUCAAUUCUAGUAGACUCCGUGUGUUCGUAAGUGUGGUCAGUUACCAUCGUGAACUUGGUGCUUGACGUACCCGUGAAGAGAAGGUCUACUCGAGUACUUCUGAAACGAUCGUGUCCACCAUACGGAAACUGAAGUGACAUAAUGAACCAGCAGUCACAGGGAGUUCAGCAGUUGCUCGCAGCCGAGCGACGUGCAUCUGAUAAGGUUACGGAGGCGCGUAAGCGUAAAGCACAUCGUUUGAAACAAGCUAAGGAUGAGGCUCAGAGUGAUAUUGAGAAAUUCCGCUCCAAAAAGGAUAAGGAAUUUAAGGCGUACGAAGCCUCGCACAUGGGAUCUCGGGACGACGUCCAGAAGCGCAUUGAAGCAGAUACUCAACGUCAGAUCCUUGAGGUCAACCAGCUUGUUGCGAAGAACAAGGAAAAUAUCAUAGACAAACUACUUUUCCUUGUGUAUAAUAUCGAACCGCAAAUGCAUAAGAACCAUAAACCCACUGCGGCCUAGGCACAGGUUCACGCUCGUAUUUAAGCCGGUUGUUGUAUGCAACCGCUUCUAAGUAUCAGUGGAUUUUUCCUGUCAAAAUUACGCUAUGAAUGGGAGAAAAUUUGUAUGAAUUCAGGAGAGCUCGCUCCACAACUCUUUUGUUCAUCUUCCUGUGCCUUGUGCUUAGCUAAACUGUUCAAUUAGGGCACCGAAUUGCUCCAUAUAUUAAUUUGUUGAGCACGGUGGACACAUACUGUAGCAUGUGUUCAGUGAGAGUAGGUAUAUAUAGGGAGAAAUGUAUGGUGUUGUUAUUUCAGUGUAUUUCCCUUGCCAUACACAUUCAAUGGGGUCUUCUGGAAAUCUCAAGAUAAUCUGGAUUAGCAGAAGGAGUUGGAGUGUGGAAGUGAUUUUUCUUUGAAACAAUAAUGAGCAGAUUAACUGGUUGUUUUACUGAGUUAUGCAUGUGGAUAGGUAAUUAGUUGGACGUGACUAUCUUAAGCAGUGCGGGUAAACGUAUAAAAUAUGACUUCUGGGCAAACAUUAACACGACGAGCGUGUAUUAAUUUAGUAACAUGUUAUUAAACUUUUGAAAAUAUUACAAUUAUUCUCUAUCAGGACUAUUAAUAUCAUUUAAAAUUGAAUUAAAUGACCUGCGUUACUAAAAGUCAA